GCUCGUUUCGGUGGUGGUGCUCAUUAUGCUUAUAUGAAUUUUGUGAUUAUGGCGGUGAUUGAAAUACGUGGGUUCCAGCGUACAUAAGUGAGUCUCCUGACAUGUGAUGGUCUUCAGCCACAACACCAGGCCAAGACCAGCAAUGCCAGGCACUCAGAAGAUGUCUUCAGACAGUGUGUGUUUAGUUUGUUGCGGUACCCUCAAGAAGGCAGUUCCAGGAAACAUAUCUGUGUUUGAGCAGCAGCUCUCGUUCACUCAGAGACGUGCCAUUGAUCUUCUGGUGGAGGUCCUCAACACCAAGGAGUCGGCGCUGACCCGGUCGCGCUGGAUGUGCGCCCACUGCUACGCCCAGUUGGAGCUGCUGGACAAAUACGAGCGCGACCGGCGGCUGCUGGAGCAGAAGGCGGCCGCCGUGCAGGCCGAGCUGGUGGGCGCGCACCGGAAGGAGAGCGGCGGCGACCCGGCGCCUGACGGCGACGGCGUCACGGGCCGGCGCGGCAUGGACGAUGUUGUGGAGGAGUUGAAAAAUGGCAACGAAUCCGACACGUCUGAAUAUGUCGAAGUCAAGGCCGAACACAUGGCCACUAGCUCAUUACAAGAUGGCUCGGAAAACGGUGACGACGACGAUGCAGGUGAUGCUGUGUGUGAGAACGAGACGGACCAGGACCCGCUGGCAGAUAUGAUUCCUGUGACUGAAGAGGUGGAUUCUGAGCCUGAUGAUCUUAACGAGGACGUUCCGGUUAAGGAUCCUUUGGCCGAUGGUGACGAGCAGGGGAGCGACGGCGAGUCGUCAGCGCCGGUGGUGGAUGUGGCGGCGCUGCAGAACUCUCUGCGGACGCGUCUGCGGAGUCACCUGCGCUCAGGCAGCGCGCCGCCUCCGCCGCCUCCGCUCCGUCUGAUGGCCAAGCGGCCCGCCUCGCCGCCCGCUACCGACUCGUCGUCGCCGCCGCCGCCUCCCAAGAUGUCCAUCAGCAUGGUGCCGACGCCGCGCCCAGGCCUCAAGACGCUGCUGCCGAAGCCAACGCCGCCGGCGCCGGCGCCCACUCCGGUGGUGACGCAGGCGGCCUCGGCGGCCGGUGGCCAGCUGCCGCUGCUGCUGCAGAGCGUCGACGGCAAACUCUACAUGCUGCCAACGGGCUCCCAGGCGGCGGCGGCGCCGGCAUCGGCGGUGGCGGCCGCGGCCAGCCGCGGCGUCACGGUACGCCCCGACAGCCAGCUGUUCGCGCCGCGCGCCCCCGGCGGUCCGAUCCUUGAGUCGAUCUUGCAGAAGCGACCGGGCGGCGAACCGUGCCCGCUUUGCUCGCUCAUCUUCGGCAGCCGGACUGAGGUCGACCUGCACCUGCGCAGCCACUCGAUGGUCUGUGUCGGUUGCGACCACCUGUUCGCGUCGCGCGUCGGCCUCUUCGAGCACCGACAGGCGUGCGUGCCGUCGCGCACGUGUGCCGGCGUUGCGGCGCCGCUGCCGUCUCCGCCGGCCGAGUCGUCGCGCGCCUCACUCCUCUGCGGCGUCUGCACGGCGCCCGCCAGCGACGUGAUGGCGCUCAACGAGCACGCGGCGCGCCUGCACAGUUUGCUGUACCGCUGCCCUAAGUGCGACUGCCGCACGGCAGAGCUGCGCCAGUACGAGAGCCACGUGCGCGUCGAACACGCGCUCGACACGCCGCACCCGUGCAACUUGUGCCAGACGAGCUUCCUGAAGCGCGAGCAGCUGUUGCCGGCCGCCCCGCCGCGCGACGAGGACGAGCUGGCCAGCGGCAUGAUCAUUGUGAAGGAGGAGGAGGACGUGUUGUUGUGA